AUGACGGAGGAAGACAACGACUCUUACGCCCAAUCUACUACCUCUUGCUCGAAAUCGAGGGACUCAAUGCCCAAUCGAUCCUCCUUCACCCUCACUCAGCCCUUCAUCUCAGGCCCGACUGAGAAGGUCAAUCGAGGGAUACCAGUUACAGUGAUCAAAGAAACAGCACUCAAGCCAGAAGAUCUCGUUAUUUUCAACCAUACCCUGCCUAUCGGUGUCAGCAUCGGGUUCUCAAACUCUCAAAGGAACAGAGGCAAAGUCCUAGCCGCCGCUUUCGUCGACGAGCGGAAUGGGCUCCUCAUCGAAUUCGACGGCAAGAAAGGCGAUGACUGGAGAGAUAAUCCAGCCGUUUCCUGUGCCACCACACGCCAAUUGCUCGAGGACACCGUCCUGUGUCGCCCCGCCGGUCCGCUUGUCGGCUUCGACAUGGGCCCCCUCGUGCUCUCACUCUACGCCGAUUUCGGUUUUCUUGCAUCCAAUGCCAUCGACAUACAAUCAGUAUUCUCCCCUGAUGAUCGUCAGGAGCUCGCAUCCAUCAAGAGCGCCCUCGGUGAAGACACUCCUGGAAUAAAGGAGAGUAGGAUCGAGGGCAUCUUCAAGACGCAAUUUUAUGAACACGAGGAUCGCAGGACAAAGAUCGAGCUGGCAUCGAGGGCUUGGAUCGGCCAGCACAUCGUUGCUGAAUGCAUGGAUCCCGAGCUCAUCGAUACAGUCCCAGCGAUCGACCUCCAUAAACUGGAUCCAGCAAAGCGAGCCAUUAUUAUGAAACUCGCCAUCGAUGCCCUUCGCCUAGAGCAACUCAAACCACUAGUUACCAACCACCAAUUCACCGACGUUUCUCGAAAAGAAGAUGACAAAGUCGUUGCCAAUUCCGCCGUAUACAAGCAUAAAUUUCGCGGGGAAAAGUCUGUAAUGGUUGCUGCACAGAGCCAGCGCGGCACAUACUAUGCCCAGGGCACCAUUGUCGCCGGCGAUGGCAGGGCCGGCGUCGUCACCACUGCACAUAACACCGUCAUCGACACCACCUCUAUCACUGCCAUUAUCUCUGAGGGUCGCGAAGGCAUGACUCUUGCUGAUCAGAAGCGAGCCGCCGACAUCCUGCGGAUUCUCCAGGGCCGUAUCGACCCCUCCGCCACCAGUCCCUUCUUCGCCAACAUCUGGACGGUUCCGGAGGGUGGAAAAUUGGCCUGGCCUGCCGAGUGGGCCAAGGAGAAGCCAACUGCCAGUUGCAAUGGGAGUCUACGAAAUUCAUCGCCGUCGGUCAAUUACAAACUCCCGCCACUCAAUGCGUCUCAGCAAACUGCUAUAAACCACAUGCUCAGUGCUCAAGGCCGCCUCGUCAUCGUUCAAGGACCUCCUGGGACAGGGAAAACCUCCGUCAUUGGCACCUAUGUCACGAUGGCUGUCGCGAGACCCGACUUCAAGGGUCUGUGGCUCGUCGCGCAAUCGAACGUCGCCGUCAAAAAUAUUGCUGAGAAGCUGAUGUCCAUCGGUUUUGAUGGAUGGAAAUUGUUAGUGGCAGCGGGGUUUCAUGAUGGAUGGCAUGAGCAUCUCUACCAUGAUCCUCGAUUUCGUGGUCACCUCAUCAACUCGAAAAGGUUCUUCAUGCUCAGUAACAACAAAAUCCCUCUCUUCACCAAGCAUAUUCCGCUUCACACCCUCAUUAUUGAUGAAGCCAGUCAGAUUGAAAUUGGAAACUAUGUUUCUGUCUUCAUGAACUUUGCUUCCCUCCGAAAAGUAUGUUUUAUCGGUGAUCCUGAGCAAUUACCACCACAUGGAGAGGAAGAUUUGCAGGAUUUACGGAGCAUCUUUGAGGUCAAUCAUUUAAAGAGCCGGAUCAUCUUUUUGAAUACUCAAUAUCGUAUGCCACCUCAGAUUGGGGAGAUAGUCUCCUCAUGCAUCUACAACAAGCAGCUCAAAUCAUGGGAGAAUCAUCCAAUCAAGGAUGCAUCUACUGCUUGUUACUUUGUUGAUGUCACUGAUGGAAGAGAAGAAAAGAAUGAUUCAUCUUGGAAGAAUACAGCUGAACAAGACAUUGUUAUCAAGCUUGCACAGAAUCUCCAGGAAGCAGGGAUGAAGUACCGGAUUAUCACCCCUUAUGAGGGACAGACUAGUAUGAUUGAAAGGAGGAUGAGGGAGAUAGAUGGCCUGUCCUGGGAAGACAAGUGCUUUAAUGUUGAUGCUUUUCAAGGGAAUGAAGAAGACUUUAUCAUCAUCUCUACUGUCCGCACACGGUCUCUCGGAUUUUUAACCAAUACCCGGCGCACUAAUGUCAUGCUCACUCGCUGCAAGAGAGGCAUGUACAUCAUUACUAACAGGAAGUUCCUGGAAGGGCCUGGUGGGGACUGUCUUGUUGGAGAAAUGCUUGAUGCUUUGGAGGAGAAGUUUGGAGAGCAAAUCUGGAUGACUGUUGAUGAAAUCCAGGCAGGACAAGUUAGCCAUUUGUGA